CGCGCGCUUCCUGUUCUCUCUUUUACGCUAAAACAUGAGAUUUACAUGGAAAGACGAACACUUUGUGGCAGCGAACACGCUCAUUUUCCCGUAGCAAAGAUUAUAACUCGCGGCGACACCCUCCAUUGACCGGCGGUAGCGAGUUUUCUUGUUGUAGAGGGAGAGUAUCUGCAGUCGGAGGAGUUGCUUCAGUCCUCAGGAAAGGAGAAAAUGAACGGAGUGAUGUUUCGCUGAGAUGAAGGACCGCGAAAGUAAACUGAAGAACUCCACUGAAAGAUGUUUCGGAAAAAAGCAUCUUCCUCCUUGAGAAUGAGAAGAAUGCUAAAUGAGAAAGGGAGUGUUGACCGUGGGCGGAGCUUGUCCUUCCAUGAGGUGCGUGGACAGCGUCAGGCAGAGAUGAGGGCCGCAGCCGAAGAGUCGUCCAACAACAGUGUUGGAGGUUGUGGCAGCACCGUCCUGCAGCGCCUCCUGCAGGAGCAGAUGAACCGGAAUUACGUGCUGCAACAGCAGAAACAACAACAAGGAGGAGCAGGGUCUGGGAUCGGAGGAGGUUACUCAGGGCAGGGACAGAUAGGCCCCUCUGAUGAUCACUCCAUGACCCCGCACAUUGCCCGUCAGGAGCCCCAGGGACAGGAGCUGCAGACAGACAACUGCUUAGAGAAACUGGGCUCAACCCAAGUAGGAGAGGGUGGGAGCAGUGGAGGGGGAGGAGGUUUAGUGACUGGAAGUGGAGGAGCAGUAGGUGGCAGCAGUGGAGGGGGUGGGAGUAUCCAGGGGCAGUGCCCAAACCUCGAGGACCUCCCUACGUACGAAGAAGCCAAAGUGCAGUCACAAUAUUUCCGUGGGCAUGGUCCUCCUCCACAGCCUCAGCAGCAGAACAAUCAGCCCCAGCAGCCUCCUCUCCCCGCUUCAGUGGGCACCGCCUUCUACGUCACCGGGCUGACCAGUGCCAAGGUGCGCACUGAGGGUCGCCCCAUGGUGCAGCGAGUGAGUGGAACAGGGAGGGUGCACCAGGAUGAUGGGCUGAAGGAUCUGAAGCAAGGACAUGUUCGGUCUCUCAGCGAAAGACUUAUGCAGCUCUCCCUGGCCACCAGCGGCGUAAAGGCCCAUGCUCCUGUCACCAGCGCCCUGCUCUCCCCCCAGCUGCCCCGGCCAGGGCCGCCAGGCGACUACUACAAGCCGCAGCACCGGGGUCCGCCUCCAGACUACCCCAUCAAAGAAAUAGGCUCUCCUACCAUGCAGCAGGAGCCUGGAGGCCAUUUUUACCAGGAGCAGAGAGGGAGGGAACACUCGAGGGAGGUGCCCCACGUCAGAUACCAGCCCCCACCUGAGUAUGGCUCGUUUAGGUCCAGUAAGGAGAGUUCGGCUUACAUCCAGAGGCCCCUUCAUCACCACAGUCCCACCUCCUCUGUGGGCUCCUUGUCCCGCACCCAGUCCUCCACCCUAAGCAGCAUGCUCAGUGCCACCCACUCCUCCCAUUUCUCCUUCCCUCACCAGCACCCCCAGAGCCAGGGAGAGCCCUUCCCUAGUAUGGGACUCCAUAGUCCGCAGAUUCCCAGCUCCCACCAAGCAGGCGAGCUCUUCAGCCUGGGGCCCAUUCACCCGACACAUCCAAGAAGUCUCGGUUUACCUCAUGACCCCUACGAAUCCACCCCGAGGGUGCACCAUCAGUAUCAACAACAUCAGCAGCAGCAGUUCCAAGGACCUUCACCUCCCCAGCCCCAGACACCAGUCCAGGCCGAACAUUUCCCUCACCCGUACUCCUACUACCACCUGCAAGGGGAGCCUUUCAGCAUGAUGGUGCGCGCCCACCAGAUGGUAGAUGUGCUUAAGGAGGAGAACAGGAUGCUCAGGCAGGAGAUGGAGGCCUGCCGCGAGAAAGUCACCAAGUUGCACAAGUUGGAGACAGAGAUCCAGCUGGUGUCAGAGGCAUAUGAAAACCUUGCCAAGUCUUCCUCCAAGAGGGAGGCCCUGGAGAAAACCAUGAGGAAUAAACUGGAGCUGGAGGUGCGCCGGCUGCACGACUUCAACAGAGACCUCAGAGAGCGUAUGGAGACGGCCAAUAAGCAGCUCACUGCUAAAGAGUGUGACUGCUCAGAGGACAACUGCAAAAACAUCUCCCAGCUGCUUGUACAGAACAAAGAGACAAUCCGUGAGAGGGAGAAGCUGGAGAUGGAGUUGAAUGUGCUGCGUUCCACCACAGAGGACCAGAGAAGACACAUCGAGAUCAGAGACCAGGCACUCAACAAUGCCCAGGCCAAAGUGGUUAAGCUUGAGGAGGAGCUCAAGAAAAAGCAAGUCUAUGUGGAAAAGGUGGAGAGGAUGCAGCAAGCUCUGGCUCAGCUCCAGGCGGCAUGUCAGAAGAGAGAACAACUUGAGCAUCGCCUCCGUAUUAGACUGGAGAGAGAGCUUGAGUCGCUACGCAUGCAGCAGCGUCAGGGAGGCACUCAAAGCAGUGGUUCAGUGCCAUCGGAGUACAAUGCCACAGCGUUGAUGGAGCACUUGAGGGAGAAGGAGGAGCAGAUCCUGGCUCUGGAGGCUGACAUGACCAAAUGGGAGCAGAAGUACUUGGAAGAGAGCGUGAUGAGGCAAUUUGCCCUGGACGCCGCCGCCUCUGUCGCCACUGAGAGGGAUACAUCUACAACAAUGAUGAGCCAUUCUCCAAGCAGCAGCUAUGACAUCUCGGUGGAGGCUCGAAUUCAGAAGGAAGAAGAGGAGAUUCUCAUGGCCAAUCGGCGCUGCUUGGACAUGGAAAGCAGGUAAAGUACUCUCCACAUACAUACAGCCACCCUGAGUUGCCAAGGCAAG